AAGAGAGGUCGGUGGAAGGGCUUCUUCUAUUGAUUCAUCGGCUUCUGAGGCGCCGAGGACUUCUCCUACCCGCCGCGAAGUAGAAUCUGACCAAGCAGGAGAACUACUACAAAAUAAAGAAAAACACGCAUCUUCUGCGAAGCAUAGAGGUGGAUCUACGAGAGCUAGUGGAGCUGCGAGUACGGUCACUCCUGACCCCAUCAAGCACGACCAUGCACAAGAAGCUCAGUCACUGUCCAAAUCUAGUAGUACUCCAGAUCUCGCGAGUAGACCCCGUCCCCGAGAUCCUACAUCGCGGUCCCCGUCUCGCGCUCCCACGGCAGGAAGAGGUGCAGCAGGAGUUACAGCUCGAGCCGCAGCAGCUCCUGCAGCAGGUGGCGUCAAGCCUCCAUUUGUGCUAUCACAAGUACGUAAAACAGGUGGCGAUGACGAUAUACCUCCACCACCACCACCACCACCACCAGAACGGUCAGCAGUUGCCGGACGCGAUGACGAUAUACCUCCACCACCACCAGAAUGGUCAGCAGUUGCCGGACACGAUGACGAUAUACCUCCACCACCACCAGGACUAAAAGAGAAAAAGGAACCUGCAUCCUAUCAUCCAGAGGAGGAUAUUCGUCCACCUCCAAAAAAUAAACCACCACGACGAACAAAUAAAAGGAAAACCCACGCCGACGAGGACGAAGAAAAAAUAAAAGAUGGAGAUGCUCGCAGCCCGAAGACUAGUACGGAGCCACAGGACAGAAGAAGAAGAACUGAUGCACGCUCAACUGGAGCUGGUGGCUCUCAUCGCCCCCCACAUGAAGAACGUGACUAUGGUGGUAGCGGACGUAGUCACUCGUCGGCACGGACCACAUCCACACCUGCGGCACCGUCGAAACCUCAAGAAGGAAACGUCUCUACCUCUUACGGCUUUCUCUUUUUGUAAUGACUUACUGUCUCUUGGUGUAAUGAUCUCUACCUGUUAAGUCUUUCUCUGCUUGUAACAACUUCAGUACUUCUACUUAUGUUGAUCUCUUGAUUGUUGUAAGUACUUAAUCUACUUACUCGCGGGUGGAACAAGGAUAAGUUAGGCGCUUUCUCUUGUAUGUGUUGAGACGGCGUAGAGCGAGUGCGAGGCGAUCUACGCAAAUCCGAAAGUGAUCAAAUGAUCCUGAUUCACUUCCUCGUAGUUGAUGUUUCAGGACAUCAUGCGGAAAUGUACUAGUAUUCAAUUAUAGUGAUUAGGAUUUUUACAUAACUGACAUCAGACAGAUUCAAGUUCAAAUCUAUACUAGACACAGAAAAUUGAAAAAUAACUACCGCUAAAAAUAUCGGUACGACAAGAACGAGCGGCGAGAUCCUAAAGGGUCUUCUGGUAUGGGGAUAGGCGGCCGCCUCAUGGCUCCUCGUGGUGGUCCCCAACAAGAACGAGCACAUCCUCCGCAAGAUGCUCAAAGACAAUCUCAAAGUCGGGAUCGAGAAGAGACAGAAGAAGGUGAAGAACCGAUAAGCUGGUGUUAAGGCUCUCUUUGUUUUUAUUAAAAUUAAAUAGAUGUAACGACUUGGUCUUCAUCUUCGGUUCAAAAUCUUCAUUAUUAUCUAGUCGUUGUCGACCUCGACGAAUCGGUGUGGUCGGUGAAGAGUCAAGUAGAAUUUAUUUUAUGUAAAAAGUGAAGUUCGUAGGAGUGAUGAAAUAAUCCUUUUGGUUCCCGGUAGUACUCUUCAUCAAUUUAGAUGAUCAUGAUGAUAUAGAUUGACAUUGACGCGACUGCUCAUCAUCAAAGAACGGCUUAAGAAGAUCAUGCUCUUCCUGUUCGUUGAAGUCACCAUCCUCAUCCUCUAGUACGAGAUCUUGACCUAUUAAAAAAUGAAAAAGUACCGCUAACGUCGGAGAGUUGGCGAAGACGGCAGUGGAGAGCCCUCGUCUCAAAAGGGUAGAAAUGGACAAACGGUGCCUCAAAGAUCAUUAAGGCUGCCAUUGAAAAUUCCUCUCUGAAAGUAAUUGUCCAAGAAGAGUAUGACUCAUUCAGUACUAGCUUCUGCACGAAGCUUAUGCACUCGCUCGUGCAUAUAGAUUUUCUUUGAGCUUAUCGCUCCUCUUAAAACAUGAGUUAAAGGUGUUCACUUGAUGCGAGCGUCAUUAUAUAUUAGAGCUCACAACUACAGUACUCAUUGUCUACUGAGUUUAUGUUUAUAAUGAUGCGUGGUUAAAGCUAACGUUGUUACCUGCUCAAGUAGUGCAUACUGUUACUAGACUUGAGCGCACGGCAGCACUCGUCCUCCCACUAGAGUCCUCCACUCCCUACACGCACUCCCUCAGGUGUUUUUGGUUCGAGUGUUUUUGUUUCAGGUAUUUCUGGUUCAAGUGCUUUCGGUUCCGGUGUGUUUGGUUCGGAGGUUGGAGGGGACGUUGUUGGUUUUUUAUUUAGCUCUUUAAGAUUAGAGCUACCGCAGAAGUUGCAUCCCUGAGCGCAUCCUUGGGACCGUUUUCAGAUAGAAAAAGGGCCAGGGAUAAUCAUGCUGGAAAAUGCUCGAGGGAGUGGCAGUCUUGAGUUACUUUCCGAGAAAACUGCAACUCUUCAACAAAGCAGCUUAAUAAAUAUGAAUGAUGAUGUCUUGCCUGUGUCGUCGGUUUUAAUGUUGUAGUCCUUCAAAAAUUUUCAUCAGACUAAUAUGAUUUAUCUUCUCUAAAGUAGAGCAAAGGGCCCGCUGGUCGUGCUCGUCCUCCACGAGGUGUACUAUCAGGAACGAGAAGACGUAGUUCCUAA